AUGCAUCUUUCUCCUUUAUCAGCGCUUGAAACAAUUUCUGAAGAAACGGUGACAUGGACUAUUCCAGCAUGUCAUGAGUUUAGAUUUGAAGUAGAAUUUGAUUCCCGUGUGGAAAUUGAGGUUAAAUCAGGUACAGCCGAGAUUUUUGGUACAGAAUUAGCUAUUGGGCCAAUUUAUACUUUUAGUGGUGUCAAAUUAGCACUAUUUUCAUGGCGUGGAUGCAUAAUUGAUGUGAAAGGAGCUUUGUCGGUUCAUUAUUUAGCUGAAGAGACACCAAUGCUGGCGUAUAUGAAUAUGCAUUUUGCGAUUGAAAAAUUGAGGAUAGAUGCAACAGAAAAUGAUGAAGACGGGCCGCGUGUGUUGCUUGUAGGUCCCGAAGACUCUGGAAAAACUACGCUUUUAAGGAUUCUUUCGGGCUAUGCAUUGAAACAGAAAAGAACACCUAUUCUUGUGAAUCUAGAUACACGAGAAGACAUUGGGAGUAUUCCUGGGUCUGUUUCUGUAACGUCUAUUUCAGGAAUUCUUGAUGUAGAAAAUAUGUUUGGUUCUACAUUGACAACAGGCCCAUCUCAAUAUCCAUCUUUAGUAACACUAUCUUAUUAUUACGGUUAUGAUUUACCAACACAAAAUUUUAAAUUUUAUAAGUCCUUAAUCUCUCGUUUGAGUAUUUUGUGUGCGUCAAAAAUGAGUGAAACCAAGGAAAAGGGUGUAGCAAGAUAUUCAGGUUGCAUCAUAGAUACGUCAGGGAUAAUUGAUCAAUCCAAAGGUUAUGAUAUAAUACAUAAUAUUAUUUCUGAUUUUUCUGUAAAUGUAUUAAUUGUUUUGGGGUCUGAACGUUUAUAUAGUGAUAUGACACGAAAAUAUGACAAUAAAAAUGGAGUACAUGUUGUUAAACUUCAAAAAUCUGGAGGAUGUGUAACUAGAGAAGCACCGUUUAUACAAAAAGUACAACACUCUGCAAUAAGAAAAUAUUUUUAUGGGGACUUUAGAAAUGCAUUAAGUCCACAUUCAAUAAUCUGUGACUUUGACAGUUUAAUUGUUUAUAAAAUAGAAGAAGAAACAUUCACGCACUCAUCUGCAUUACCAAUAGGUCAUGACACUCCACUGCAAAGACCCAAAAUGAUAAAAAUAGAUGCUUUUUCGAUACUACAAAAUUCUGUCCUAGCUGUUUCUCAUGCUAAUGCAAACGAUCCUGUUGAUGUUAUUCUAGAAUCACCAGUAGCAGGAUAUAUAUACGUAUCCGAUGUAGAUGACAAUAAAAAGACACUUACUAUACUAUCACCCUUACCUGGAAAACUUCCUAGUCAAAUAUUGAUCAUGGGAUCAUUUAAAUGGCAAGAUCUUUAA